GUUGACGCCAAAUUCCAUUAGUGUUGUUGAUAGCUAGUUAACUACAUCACGUUUUAAUUCAUCCACAUUCUUUAGUUUUGAUAUUGAAUCAGGCUAAUUUUCUUUGUAUUCGUCUGAUCCUCAUCACUUAGUUCAUAUUUAACGUAAAAAAUACGUUUCAUAAGUCUGCACGUGUAUGAUCUUAUCCACAAUUGAAACUAUUCAUCGUAUUACGUCCUAUCAACGAGGCUUAACGAAACAUGGUUUCGAAAAGUGAAAUAACAGAAAAAGAGAUUAAAGAGCUUGUUGAAAGAAAAUAUAAGGCAGCAGAUAUGGCGGAACAUUUUAAUGUAUCAGUUGGAACUAUUUAUAGACAUCUGCGCUUAAUGAAAAUUUCAUUAAGAGUACAUCGUAGAUCUAUUCAACAAGGUGAAAUGCAGGGUAAUGUUAGUGGAUUGCUAAAUCUAUCUUUGACAGAAAGGAAUGAUCAAAAUGUUCUUGCUCCUUUGUCUCUUUUCCACAUUGGUGGAUUUUACAAGCUUUCUGGAUAUGGCUUUGUUAUCCAUGCUUGUAUAGAUGUGUAUUCACGCUUCAUUACCUAUCUUGACGUUUCCAACAAUAACCAUCCAUCUACAGUAUUACGUUUAUUUCAAUCUGGUGUUGCCGAACUUGGAUUACCUACGCGUCUUAGAUGUGACAAUCAGCUGGAAAAUGUUGGCGUUGUUCAUUUCAUGGACAUUAAUCGUCCUCUAGUCAGCGACAGAAUUGUUUACCAAAGAUCAGGAGGCCGCUUGAAAAACGUUUUGAAUAAGGUCGGCAGUUGGCUUCAACCUUUCAUCGAUUUAAUUAAAGAUUUAGAAUCUAAUUGCAAUCUGGAUCAGAACUCGAACUUUGACCUUUACUGUCUUCAUCUUUGUUUCAUUCAUUUAAUGAAAUCUCAUCUCAAAGAAUGCCGCGAAAAUUGGAACAAUAAUGAAUCGAUUAAAACUACCACUCCCCGUCAAUUAUCUUCCAUUGGAUUAAUGAGCUUAAAAAUUCGCGCUGGAAUUGACAAAGCCUAUUACCCAGAGUUGGAUCAGCCCAAAUUAUUGGAUGUAGAGCAACAAGAUUGGGAGGCAACUGAACCGCCGAUGGACCGUGCUAAUGUUGAUGUGCGUGAAGUCAAGCCUAUAGUUGAACCUAAUGCUGAGAUUGUCUUGGGCCAACUUUUCCAACUAAAGGCUGUUACCAUUCACACAGUUUCCGAAGUGUACUUGCAAAUGCGUCGUUAUUUGCAGUCUAUUUACAAUUCGGAAUGAACAGCGUUUAGCUUUAAGAAGUGAUACGGUAAUUUAUGGUUAGUGAUUAUGAAGAUUUUGAAGCUUUUUAGUAAUCCUGACAUUUAAAUUCAUUUUUAUUAUUUGGUAAUUGUGUUCUGUUUUAGUUUAACUUUUCAACAGCUUCAACUAAUACAGGCAAUCAAGUUGUGUUUUUUCUUUA